AUUAUCUCUUAAACAAUACUUCAUUCGAUCAUCUUCAUCUUCGUCUCCUUCUUCAUUAUUUCAUUUUAUUUUUUGUUCUUCAGUUCUUAAUAAGGAUUUCUGUUGGUUUCAAAAUCUUGAUAUAUAUAUAUUUGGCGCCUUUUUAUAAGGGAAAUAAUUAAGAACAUGGAUUGCGCGGUAUGUAGCACGAUGCCGUAUAAUUUGAGGCCUCCAAGGAACACUAUAUGCGUAGCUUGUUAUGAAGGUGCCAAAACUAUUAUCGCCAUCACAAACAAGAUUGACGAUCAUAAACUUUCUGGGAAAUUAUCUGGUGAUGCCUCCGGUUCUUCCAAGGGUUUCUCGAGUUCAUUGAAAUGGUUGAAGGAGAUGAGGAAGAUGGAAGAAGAAAUGAAUCAAAAGUUGGGAUUUUUAAGUGGAUUCAUUGAUGCAUUUAGAGAUCAGAUUCAUACAGACAUUCUUAUCAGGCCUGGUAAUGAUGCUCCCUCCAUACCUGCACAUAGAGCAUUACUGGCAACGAGGUCGAACAUAUUUAGAAACAUGUUAGACUCUGAUGGAUGCAAAGCUGCACCAAAUGACACUAUUACCCUCCCUGAACUAAACCAUGAAGAAAUCGAAUCUUUACUGGAAUUCCUUUAUAGUGGUGAUUUGGCCAAAGAAAAGCUCGAAAAACAUCUGUAUUCAUUAUCAAUAGCAGCUGACAAAUAUGAAAUCCCAUUCUUACAAAAAUUUUGUGAGAACCGAAUGCUUGAAAUCCUUAACACGAAUAACGCACUUGACAUUCUUGAGAUUUCAGAUACUACUUGUAAUCGCAACCUUAAGGAGACUGCAUUGAGUUUUGUUGUUAAGAACAUGGAGGAUAUAGUUUUUGCAGCUAGAUUUGAUGUGUUUGCACUCAAGAACCCACAUCUGACUGUUCAGAUAACGAGGGCUUCCUUUUUGGAAAUCAAAAACAGAAGAAGUGAUAUUUGA